GCUGGCUCAGUCUCGGCUGAUUGCUGCUGUCGCUCCCGGGGCCACGGGAUGACGCCUCCUCCGCCAGGACGUGCCGCCCCCAGCGCACCGCGCACCCGCGUCCCUGGCCCACCGGCUCGGUCGGUGCUCCUGCUGCGGCUGCUGCUGCUGCUCUGGGCGGCCGCCGCCUCCGCCCAAGGCCACUCAAGGAGCGGACCCCGCAUCUUCGCCGUCUGGAAAGGCCAUGUAGGGCAGGACCGGGUGGACUUUGGCCAGACUGAGCCGCACACGGUGCUUUUCCAUGAGCCAGGCAGCUCCUCCGUGUGGGUGGGAGGACGCGGCAAGGUCUACCUCUUUGAUUUCCCCGAGGGCAAGAAUGCAUCUGUGCGCACGGUGAACAUUGGCUCCACAAAGGGGUCCUGUCUGGAUAAGCGGGACUGCGAGAACUACAUCACUCUCCUGGAGAGGCGGAGUGAGGGGCUGCUGGCCUGUGGCACCAACGCCCGGCACCCCAGCUGCUGGAACCUGGUGAAUGACACUGUGGUGCCACUUGGCGAGAUGAGAGGCUAUGCCCCCUUCAGCCCGGAUGAGAACUCCCUGGUUCUGUUUGAAGGGGACGAGGUGUAUUCCACCAUCCGGAAGCAGGAAUACAAUGGGAAGAUCCCUCGGUUCCGCCGCAUCCGGGGGGAGAGUGAGCUGUACACCAGUGAUACUGUCAUGCAGAACCCACAGUUCAUCAAAGCCACCAUCGUGCACCAAGACCAGGCUUACGAUGACAAGAUCUACUACUUCUUCCGAGAGGACAAUCCUGACAAGAAUCCCGAGGCUCCUCUCAAUGUGUCCCGUGUGGCCCAGCUGUGCAGGGGGGACCAGGGUGGGGAAAGCUCACUAUCAGUGUCCAAGUGGAACACUUUUCUGAAAGCCAUGCUGGUAUGCAGUGACGCUGCCACCAACAAGAACUUCAACAGACUGCAAGACGUCUUCCUGCUCCCUGACCCCAGCGGCCAGUGGAGAGACACCAGGGUCUAUGGCGUUUUCUCCAACCCAUGGAACUACUCAGCCGUCUGCGUGUAUUCCCUCGGUGACAUUGACAAGGUCUUCCGCACCUCCUCACUCAAGGGCUACCACUCAAGCCUUCCCAACCCUCGGCCUGGCAAGUGCCUCCCAGACCAACAGCCGAUACCCACAGAGACCUUCCAGGUGGCUGACCGUCACCCAGAGGUGGCGCAGAGGGUGGAGCCUAUGGGGCCCCUGAAGACGCCAUUGUUCCACUCUAAAUACCACUACCAGAAAGUGGUCGUCCACCGCAUGCAAGCCAGCCACGGGGAGACCUAUCAUGUGCUUUACCUAACUACAGACAGGGGCACCAUCCACAAGGUGGUGGAGCCGGGGAAGCAGGAGCACAGCUUCAUCUUCAACAUCAUGGAGAUCCAGCCCUUCCGCCGCGCGGCUGCCAUCCAGACCAUGUCGCUGGAUGCUGAGCGGAGGAAGCUGUAUGUGAGCUCCCAGUGGGAGGUGAGCCAGGUGCCCCUGGACCUGUGUGAAGUCUAUGGCGGGGGCUGCCACGGUUGCCUCAUGUCCAGAGACCCCUACUGCGGCUGGGACCAGGGCCGCUGCGUCUCCAUCUACAGUUCCCAACGGUCAGUGCUGCAAUCCAUUAAUCCAGUCGAGCCACACAAGGAGUGUCCCAACCCCAAACCAGACAAGGCCCCACUGCAGAAGGUUUCCCUGGCCCCGAACUCCCGCUACUACCUGAGCUGCCCCAUGGAAUCCCGCCACGCCACCUACUCAUGGCGCCACAAGGAGAACGUGGAGCAGAGCUGCGAACCUGGUCACCAGAGCCCCAACUGCAUCCUGUUCAUCGAGAACCUCACGGCGCAGCAGUACGGCCACUACUUCUGUGAGGCCCAGGAGGGCUCCUACUUCCGCGAGGCUCAGCACUGGCAGCUGCUGCCCGAGGAUGGCAUCAUGGCUGAGCACCUGCUGGGCCAUGCCUGUGCCCUGGCCGCCUCCUUCUGGCUGGGGGUCCUGCCCACACUCACUCUUGGCUUGCUGGUCCACUAGGGCCUUCCGAGGCUGGGCAUGCCUCAGGCUUCUGCAGCCCAGGGCACUAGAACAUCUCACACUCAGAGCCGGCUGGCCCGGGAGCUCCUUGCCUGCUGCUUCUUCCGGGGCACAGAAUAACCCAGUGGAGGAUGCCAGGCCUGGAGACGUCCAGCCGCAGGCGGCUGCUGGGCCCCAGGUGGCACACGGAUGGUGAGGGGCUGAGAAUGAGGGCACUGACUGUGAAGCUGGGGCAUCGAUGACCCAAGAUUUUAUCUUCUGGAAAACAUUUUUCAGAUCCCUCAAACUUGACUAAAUGCAGCGAUGCUCCCAGCCCAAGAGCCCAUGGGAGAGCUGGGACCCCAUCUCUGGACCCUGGGGCUGAGGCCUGAGUCCUUCUGGACUCUUGGUACCCACAUUGCCUCCUUCCCUCCCUCUCUCAUGGAUGGAUGGCUGGUGUUGCUGAAGACCCAGGGCUACCCUCUGUCCAGCCCUGUCCUCUGCAGCUCCCUCUCUGGUCCUGGGUCCUACAGGACAGCCGCCUUGCAUGUUUAUUGAAGGAUGUUUGCUUUCCGGACGGAAGGACGGAAAAAGCUCUAUUUUUAUGUUAGGCUUAUUUCAUGUAUAGCUACUUCCGACUGCAUCUGUAUGAAAAUACCAAAACUACAUGCUGGGGGGGUGGGAAAGGGAGGGGCUGGGAAGGGAUGGGUUGGGGAGGGGGGUGAUCCCAGUCUGAGGCUCCCGGGGAUGAGAUAAGAGUCUGGAGACGGGCAUGGGUUCUUGGAGAGUGGCAUGAGCUGGCUCUGCCCUGGGAGCCCGGUCUGAGGGGGAUGUUGUUGGAGCCCCCAGUGUUGGGGGUGGUUAUGGGAGGGGGUGGGGUGAGAGAGACAAGGGAGAAUGAAGGAGAAAACUGAGCCGUAGGUUCACCGUGUUCAUUUAGAAGGACGAGCCGGGUCCUCAGGGGGAGGUUCCAGGACUCUGCCCUUGGCGUUGAGGGUUGGGGGGCGGGGGGCCUCCUCCCUUCCCCUCAGCCCCCUUCCCCACGGGCUGUGCUUCCAUGCUCCUAGCCUCCCACCUUCGCUCAGGACAUGUUAUAACUUAGGCUAAACUGUGAAAAUUCCGGUGGGGAUGGCCUGGACCGAGCCCUCCAGGCGGGCGGCCCUGCCCCCAGCCCGUCCAUCCAUUUCAGUGGGGAGCUGGGCCCUUCUCCCGCUGUGUCUGGCCGCCCAGGGCAGGGGCUGGGGCCAGCGGCCUUCCAGCUUUGGCCCCUGCACCUCUUCUCAAUGCACUUUAAUAAUGUAACAUAUUACUAAUAAACGAGCUAUUUAUUUA